CUAUGGACUUAAUAAUAAUAAUAAUAAUAAUAAAAAAAAAAAAAAGUUUUUCUCUUAUAGAAUAAAAUGGAAUUACCUCAAGUACAAGACUUUGAAGCAUCAAAAUUGGGUACAAAAUCCUAUUGGGAUACUGUCUAUGACCGGGAAAAUAAAAAUUUCCAAGAGAUAGGAGAUAUUGGUGAAAUUUGGUUUGGUGAAGAAAGUGUAGAACGUAUGGUUGAAUGGGUAACUGAACAUGUCUCAGAUAUGAAUUGUCGUACAGUAGACUUGGGUUGUGGUAACGGUCAUUUACUUAUUGAACUCCAUGAGGCGGGUUAUAAAAGUCUUCAUGGUAUUGAUUACUCUGAAUCAGCUAUUCAACUUGCUACCUCUAUUGCCUCUGAACGUCAAUUGGCCAUCACUUAUCAAACUGUAGACUUUUUAUCUAAUCCUCAAUGGUUCCAACAGCAAUAUGAUCUUGUCUUGGAUAAAGGAACUUAUGAUGCCAUCUCUUUACAUCCAGACCAAAUCAAGGCUAAACAAGAAGGUGUACCUGGUCCUCGAGAAAAAUAUAUUGAGGCUGUUUAUAAAAUGAUUAAACCAAAAUCUGGAUUAUUUUUGAUUACAAGUUGCAAUUGGACUAAAGAGGAAUUAAUCGAAAACUUUAAACAAUAUUUCCGUUAUCACUCAAAUGUCAAAUAUCCUGUUUUCCAAUUUGGUGGACAUACAGGAUCUAAAAUUUGUACAGUGGCUUUUACUCCUAUUUAAAAUAAAUUAGUGUUGUUCCCAGCCUUGAUUUUUAUUAAACAUGUGUUGUUGUUGUUGUUGUUGAGGAAGACCUAAAAAGUAGCAAGUUAAUAGAAUUCAUAAUGAUGGAUACUGUGAUUGUUACCAUUCAUAUUAUGUGGUAGCAUAGAUGGUUGUUGUUGUUGUUGUUGUUGUAAAGGAAACCUAUUAGCUUGUUGACCCUGUAAAAAAGGAGGUGGUGGUGGUGGCGUCAUCAAAGGUAUUUGACCUG